CCUCGGCUGGAACAACAUGUUGUAACCUGGUAUGGAAAAAACCUGUCCUCUUCUCCACUCUUAAUCUACACUUCGGUCAAUACUAUAAUUCUGUAUUGUUUAGUAACAUUGUGUAAACUAAGCCAAAACUUUUGUAAAUAGCUACUCCUUCCUUUUAAUAAUUAUCUUACAGGGAGGCGUACUGUUGAUUUUAAUUUUUACUUGAGAUAGUUUGGCCACUUCUACCUGUCAACCUGCCCAGCAGCACAGUGUGUUGAGGCAAGCCUGGCAUCUACCAUUUUCCAUCCCGGAUUAUUCCGUAACAUCUUAUACUCAUGGAAAAGGAAGUGGACGAUGAUUUACCACCCCAUACCAAGUACUGGUUGACUGACACGUCUAGAAAUGAUUGCUUCUUUGUCUUGGGGACAGAAUCAGGACACACUGAAAGGAUCGGAGCAAUAAAGUUCUUGCUAUUUGCAUACAGUGAACCUUUGCAGAAAAUGCUAGGUAACAGUGAAUUGGCUGAACAGGGAGAUGUGAGAGUCGUAGAUAUUGAGCCUGAAACUUUCUGGAAUUUCAUGAAAUGUGUUUAUGGAGGCAGUAGUGUUGUGAUUCCAAAACUUUCGUUUUGUGAGAGUGUCAAUUUGCUUUACGUAGUGGAAAAGUACUUAGUUACAGAGAUAAAACCAACAGUUGUGUCACAUAUUCUAGACUUGCUUCCAAAGGACAUUGACAAUAUAUUUUUUGCAAUUUCAAAUUCAUUUUGUUAUUCACAUGAGAAAAUAAGGAAAUUGACUAUGGAAAUUUUGGGAACCAAAAUGGACCAAAUUGUUUCUUCCGAAAAGUUUCUGCAGCUUAGUGCUGAAGCACUGUUGUUAAUUGUAGAAACAGACUGUUCUAAUAUAAGUGAACCCAGUGUUUGGGAGGCUGUGGUCAAGUGGGCAAAACACACAACAGAUUCAGACGAUGGAGAGGUUUUGAGAAAGCAAAUACUUCCACAUCUGAAAUUUAUUCGUUUCUGCACUUUCACCUGUGAAGAAUUUUGUGAAAAAGUAGUCCCGACUGGCAUACUGACUUGUGAAGAAGUGAAUGAAAUAUGUAAGUUUUUUGGUACUAGAAGUACAAUAAUGCUAAAAAGUGUUUCUGACUCAGUUGAUUCUCGAUGUAAAAUGGAAGUCAAUAAAACAUUUGUUUAUACUGUAAAUGAUAUUAAAAACCUGACUACUGAACAAGAAUCUCCCAAAUUCUUUUUCGAGAAUUACUUAUGGAAUAUAUCUUUGAGAAAAGAUGGAUGGAACUUAGGUUUUUUUCUGAAAUGUGGAGGAUACUCAGAAGAUCUGUUGGUCGAUUCAUUUAAAUUUUAAAUUUAUUCUUU